ACCACUUCCUUCUCAACCGUUACCACGGCAACGAGCGCACGUAGGAAGCUGCGGCCGCCGCCAUCUUGGGCUCGUUCCCGUCCCGCCCCGUCCCGUCCCGCACACGAUGGUUCCCAUCACGAAGCUGUUUUGUGCCGCGGGGCUCCUGGCUGCGCUGCUGUGUUUGCGCUGCAGGGACGACCCGUUCCACGCAGAGCUCCUUUCCGGUGCCCGCGUGCUUCUGACCGGAGCCAGCGCCGGGAUCGGGGAGCAGUUGGCUUAUCGCUAUGCGGCCUAUGGGGCUCAGAUGGUGCUGACCGCCAGGAGGGAGGCGGCGCUGCGGGAGGUGAUGGAGAAAUGUCUGACCCUCGGAGCAAAGAAAGUCUUCUACCUCCCAGCUGACAUGUCUUCACCUUCAGAGCCCGACAGGGUGGUUCAGUUCGCUGUCCAAAAACUGGGAGGGCUGGACUACCUCGUGCUGAACCAUAUCGGCACUUCCCCGUUUGAGAUGUGGGGCGGGGAUGUGGAGCACAGCCGCUGGCUCAUGCAGGUCAAUUUCUUUAGUUACGUUGCUCUGGCAUCAGCCGCUCUGCCGGCCCUGGAGAGGAACCAGGGCUCAGUGGUGGUGGUUUCUUCCCUCUCAGGGAAGAUCCCCACCCCAUUCACCACGUCCUACUCAGCCACCAAGUUCGCUCUGGAUGGAUUCUUUGGGUCCCUGCGGCACGAGCUGAUGAUGCAGAGGAAGAACGUGUCCAUCACACUGUGUGUGCUGGGCCUCAUCGACACCGACACGGCGCUGGAGAAGACCCGUGGCCGUGUUUUCCUGUCCGCGUCCCCCGCGUCCGACGCGGCGCUGUCCAUCAUCCGCGGGGGCUGUUCCCGCGUCCCGGAGCUGUUCUACCCGUGGUGGCUGCGCCACGUUCACGGUCUGUGGGUGCUGCUGCCCAACCCGCGUGUGCUGCAAAGCUUCUACAACUACAGCAGCCACUGAACCGGCGGAAACACCGGACAGAGCGCGGCGUGUCCAACCGCAGGCAGCGGACGCGGGGGCAGCUGGGGACCGAGGGAGAAAAACGUUUAUUAAUCCAAGGGGCGGCUUGUUAGAGCAGCCUGCACCGCCCCGUCCAACCCGCCGGUCCUUCCCGUUCCUCGUCCCGGUCGCAGUCAUGUUGGAUCCGGUUGUAGCGGAAAUAAACACAUGGUGCCGAGAGCGGCCAUGGAGUAUCAAAA